CUUGCCUUCACUCACAAGACUUAUCCUUUGCACAUACUCCUCCGCCGAUCCGUUGAUCCUUUCCUUCUCGCUCCGAAUUUUUUUAAACAUGAAGUUCACCAUUUUCUCUUUGGCCGCCGCGGUCAUCGCUGUAGCCUCAGCUGCGCCCGUCGUUGAAAAGCGCGCUGGCGACAACAAGCUCGUUGUUGGAUACUGGGUUCCAUGGGGUAAAGUCCCAGUCGAACAGGUCGACAUGACCAAGUAUACCCACAUCAACUAUGGCUUCGCUGUCCUCUACAAAGGCGCUGGAAACCCCACAACCAUUACCAUUGACCGCUACUACGAUGGUACCCCCAUGAGAGCUUUGGUCGCUCGUGGUAACCAAUAUGGUGUCCCCAUUUUGAUGUCCAUUGGAGGCUGGACUGGAUCCCAGACCUUCUCCACAGUUGCUGCUGAUGCUGGUCUUCGUAAGACCUUCAUCAACAACGCCCUGGUCUUUGUUCGUAAGAACACUCUUCCUGAGUAUCACGAGAAACCUGAUGGCUGGAGCAUGGAUGGUCUCGACAUCGACUGGGAAUACCCCGGACGUCCUGCUGCUGCUUGCAACACCUACUCUCCUCAGGACUCUGCUAACUAUCUUAUUCUCCUCAAGGAGCUCCGCGCUGCUUUGGAUGCUGAGUUCCCCACCAAGCGCAAGCUUUUGACCGCUGCUGUCCGUGUUCAGCCGUUCGAUGGUGCCGAUGGCAAGCCCUUGAAGGAUGUUAGUGCCUAUGCCCAAUACUUUGACUGGAUUGCUAUCAUGGCCUAUGAUAUCAUGGGAUCUUGGAGUGCUACCACUGGUCCCAACGCUCCGUUCAACACCCCUGCUCCUCCAGGUGAUCCAUUCUCUUUCAGGCAGUCGAUUGAGGCUUGGAGAUCUGCUGGCUGGCCUGCAGACAAGUUGGUCAUGGGUACUGCUUUUUACGGUCGCUCAGUGACUACCACUGUUGAUAUGAAUACCCAGAAUCCCAUCAGUAUGUAUGUCAACAAGACCAACGUCACCCCCAAGGGAGGCCCAUCUGACACCAAUGACGUCAAUUUCUACUGCAAUGAAGGUUCUGUCUACAGUGGUAUGUGGAAGUGGAAGGAGCUCCGCGGUGCCGCUUUGUCGACCCCCACGACCGCUAUUAACGGUUGGGUCCGUCGCUGGGAUGCUGAGACCCAGACUCCUUGGUUGUUCCGUGCUUCAGACAAGACCUUCGUCUCUUAUGAUGAUAUUGACUCUUUGACCAUCAAGGUUAACCAUGUCAACCAGCAAGGUCUCCGUGGUGUCAUGCUUUGGGACAUCUCGUACGAUUACAACAGCGAGUUGCUCGAUGUUCUCCAGAAGGUCCAUUGCACUAACUGCCCCGUCAUCACUACCACCGGCUACACUACCAUCGUCCCCACCACCACUGUUGACACUGGCAUCCCCUCCUCUACUAGCACUGUCGUUGCCACCACUACCGCUGGUACUGGUCUCUGUGCCGGUGUUGCUCCUUGGAACAGCGCUACAGUUUAUGCCGCUCCUGGUACCAAGGUCACCUACAAUGGCCGUCUUUACACCAACAAUUGGUGGACCCAGGGUGAGGCCCCCAGUGGCUCUGCCUGGGGUGUCUGGAAGGAUGUUGGUGCCUGCUAAAAUGCUUAUCUGAUCCUCAGGCAUGCCCUUCACCCAUUAUUUUUUUUAUUUGGUAAAAUUAAGUGCAGGUUCACUCAUGCAAGCUCUAGCAUGGCC